AUGGCCAAAAAGAAUUCACUUAAAGCGAAGUCGAAGGCGAAGGCGCGCGUGUCCUCAGGUGGCGGCGGCGGCGGCGGCGGGGCGGCGCUGGGCGGCGCCGGCGGCGCGCCCGACGCCCCCAAGGUGGUGCUGGUGUUCUUCCUGGGCGGCUGCACCUACGCGGAGGUGGCCGCGCUGCGCUUCCUCUCCCAGCAGGAGGACUCGAACGUGGAGUUCCUGGUGGCCACCACCAAGAUGAUCAACGGGGACUCGUUCCUGCGGUCGCUCAUGGAGCCGGCGGCGACCCCCGCGCCCGCGCCCCCGCGCUUCGGCUGAGCGGCCACGCCCCCGGCUCACGACGGCCUCGGCCGGCGCCGGACUCGAGGAAGCAGCGGAUAGAGAGUGCCUAGGUACAGAGAGUAGCGCUACCGCCAACAUUUGAUAUCGCACCCGAUGGCCCCGUCAGGUGGCACUCCAGAGUUGAAGAGAAAUGAUAACACUUGAAGGUUUUGAGCAAAGUAAUAUUGGUUUCGGAUAGGUUGGCGGUCCCCAACGCGCAAAUGGAAUGGCGGAGUCGGCGGCGCACAGGAAUGCGCAUCUCUUCGUAUCUAGUGCCUCUAGGAGCGGAGGGCGGCGGGCGUUCACGAGACGUAGUCCCCGUUGGCAGCCGCCGCCGCGGCGCGCCGCCCGCGCAGCCAGCUCUUGAGCACGUCGGCGGCGUGGUAGUAGUAGACGUAGAGCAGCAGCAGCGUGGCGGCGGCGGCCAGGGCGGACGCCACCACGAUGACGAGCGCGGCCCACCAGGCGCGGCCGCGGUGCUCCUCGGCCGUGGGCGGCCGCUCGCCCUCGCCCGCGCCUUCGCUCUCUCCUUCGCCCUCGCCUUCGCCCUCGCCAGCGCCCUCGGUGGGGCCCUCGCCCGGCGCCGGCGCGGGCGCCUCCGUCGGCCGCUCGCCCUGCCCGUCGAUGGCCACGUCCGCGCACGCGCGGAACUCCUCCUGCGGCCCGCAGCCCACCGCCUCCGUGCCGUUCUCGCAGCGGCCCCAGCUGUUGCCCGCCACGUACCGCCACUGCAACACACGAGACGGGCACAGCGACCCUUUGCACUCGCGUUCGAGAGGGUGGCUGCGGAAACAGUUCAUCUCUUAGAGCAGAUUAGUUUUUCGUGGAGCCACGAAGGAUUUAAUUACCAUCCUGUUAUUUCGAGAGCUAAAGCAAAAUUAAGAGCAGCUGAACAAGUAAUUUUUCAUAACGCAACAAACAAUUAGCAAUUCAGGAAGAACAUAAUUGAUACCCUUGCACAUAAUUCAUCUACUUCUUCUAUCGCUUCUUUUUUCCUUUCUCGAAACAUUGAAAAUGCGUAAAUUACCAAAUAAUAGAGGGAACACUAUAAUGUUCGUUGCUACCUGAAAUUGAGAUGGUAGUAUUUUUCAUUUUUCCCUCCUUUCUAUUAAAACUGAUUUUUAUCACAUCUACAAACACAAACUUUUGGUGCUUUUCUUAUUGAAAAUAAUUUCUUAGAAAGGCAUUUCUACGUUUUAAAGAUACUUCAUCGUAGACUCAAAAUAAUUCAUAUCAAUUUUGUCUGUUGAGAAAAUGGCAAAGGCAACAAAUUGAAUGUCGAAUAUUUAGAGUGUAUUUAUGUGUGUACCUCUCAAGUGCCACUAAAUAAAAGGCCAUUAAUGUAAUCAGUUGGUAUUGAUCUUUAAAGAGUUGUAUUUGAGUCUUUAUCGAUAAUUUCUUUAGUAUGGUUUGAUUUAUUGUAUAUCAUGUAAUAUUUCUGAUGUUUAACAUUGUUCCUGUCUAGUCGAAACUCGUUAUAUUUCAAUUCCAGGUAAUAUAUAAUAUUUUACAUAAUUGUGGUAAAGCAAAUAUACUCGUUUCUUUGUUUUCAUGCAGUGUGUGCUUGAUGAGUGAGAGUGUGUCGCCAUUUACGGUCCGCUCUGAAAGAGUAAUAGAAGACUGGGAAUUUGUUAUUUAAAUUCCUGAUAUUUGUUCAUAACGCACGUAAAUGUGCAUCAAUAUUGAAAGGUGAAAUUAGAGGAUGACCACCUUUGUUUUAUACUUACAAUUGUUUAAAUAAAUAAUGACAAAUAACGUCACUUUUUUUAUUUCAAUUUCCGAAUUCCAUGUACGCAUAAAUCUCUAAUUUAAUUAAUGUUGAAUAUAUUCCGCCGUUGUUCAGUUAGCAUGUUUUUAUCAUUAAUAGAUCAUAAGUUUUUUAUUCCAGUGUCUUAAUAUUUACAAUUUUUAUACGAAAUGGUACUCAAUAGUUUUAAAAAUGUAACAAGAAUUUUUACAAUCCUGGAAUAAAGAUACGAUUUUUGUAAAAAGACACACAAAAGGGUCGAAAUGU